AGGUUGUCAUGGCGUCUGCAAACAGUUUCAAAAAUUUUAACAAGUUCGGGGUGAAAAAGCUUAGAGAGCUUGCUUCUUCACGUGAGAUUUGUGUGAAAGGACUGUCAGCGAAGGAACUGAAGGAGCUUCUUACUCAGGAUGAGGAAGCUUCCACUUUUUACAGGUCCGCAGAGCUCGCAGAAAUAUCCAGGUUAACGCUGCCUGAAUGUGUGACAAACCUCAGUGGAUGGACAAAAGACAUAAGGGGAAUGAAUACCUGCCAUUGACAUUGGACAUGUAAAGAGCUACCUAAUGGCAACAAAUACAUUUUCUGUUGAAGAAAUGCGAUCGUAUAGACUCAGCCAUCCUUGGCAGUUUGUGAAAGCUCAAGCCAUCCACUCAAUAUCCUUUCAUCCCCUGCCAGAAUCAAAGAGAUUUUGUUUGGUUGCUGCUCAGUGCCUUCCCAGCUUUACAACUCAGGAUAAGGAUGUCAAGUGGAUGCAUGUAAUUCUCGAUAAGUUAAAAGACAAUCCAGUUGCAGGAUACUGCAUUUGUACCACUGGCAUUGGUCAGGCAUGCACACAUCUUGGAGCUCUGCUUUUCAUCCUUGCUGAGCUAACUGCAGAUGGUAUUCAACAUCUGGAAGAUGGACCUGCAUGCACUGAAAUUUUGUGCAAAUGGACUGAAUCUAAAGGUGCCAGGGUGGAGUCUGUGCGGACCAAGGAUGAUUUUCAUGAGUCUGAGAUUAAUGUGGAAGGCAGCAAAAAGAAGGUCCGGCCAACUCCGUCUGUGUACAAGCAACUCAUUCCUUCCCUUCCAGCAGCUGUGCAGUAUGAGCGUGCCGUCCGUUUUCAACAGGAGCUUCGCUUUGCUGCAGAUGCAAUGGAUUCUGUCCCUCCUGUCUUACACGUCCUAGAUGCUACUCGGUACAAUCCUUCAAAUGUUCUACAUUCAGGAACCACAGUCUUGACAAAUCAGAUAGAUCAUGAGGAAGAGGUCACGCCCCAUUUACAGUACACUGGAAAAGUUGGUGAAUGUGAUGACUUAUGAAAACUGGAGUUGUUUUCACUUUUGAUAACCUUAUGAUAAUACUAAAAUCUUUUAUUCAACAAAAUUAUUUAAUAUUCCAAUAAAGGAAGAAUUAUUUAAUUUAUUGGUGCCAGAAUUUGUACAAAAUACACACAAGUACACAUAACGAGACAUUGAGGGUGCAUUGGCCCUGUGGAAGAGGUUUUAAAAAAUAAUGUUGAUAACAAGUACAGUAAAAUAAAUUAAUCAUAAUAAUUCUUAAAACAGUUGAUACAAUGAAAUCAAGCAAAUUAUUCCAAAACACACCAUCCUAUUGCUGAAAAAUAAUUUCUUCGGUCAUAAUGACAUCUUGUUACUUCCAGUCAGAGAGGAGAAAGACAAAAAAAAAACACUUCUUGAUAGCACAACUAAUUAACCAGGUUAUAUCAGUAAGUGUAUUUUCCCUGUUACUGAGGUCACAAUUGAGAGUAAAAUGUGACUGAUUCAUCACAGUGAGCAAGUUAAGAAUCUUUGAUCCAACAUUGUUUAAUUUAUACAUGGGGGCGUUCGGACGACCCAUUUUCAUUUGCAAUAUAUUGCAGUGAUUAGACUUAUCUUGUCUUGGCCAAGACAGAAACUUUGAUUUGUGCCUUUGUAUCUUCCAGAACUGACUAUUGUAUUGUGUUUUUUUCUCAGUUGCCACUUAAGAGCAUCAGAUGUUUACAGAUGGUUCAAAAUUCUGCAACUAGAGUGUUGACUCGAAGCGGGAGAUUUGAUCACAUUACACCUGUUUUGGCUUCCCUUCACUGGGUUCCUGUUACUGUAAAGUCAGUUUUAAGGUUUUGCUACUGACUUAUAAGGCUCUAAAUGAUCUUGCACCUCCCCA